AACUUCACUUUUGACUGGUCCAACUUUGCGUACAUAGACUUAAAAAUUUUCCUUUCUUGUAAUCUGCAACUUCACGAGCAUACAAAUCACUCUCUCCCCAAUUUCCUUUAUUUUUAAUUUCUUUCGGCCCCUUUUCAUUAAAUAAUUAAUAUAAGAAAAAAAUCACUCUCUCCCCAAUUUCUCUCCAUCUUCACGAGCAUACAGAUCCACCAUCCACUUCCAAGUUUCGGCUGACAACCAUAAAUUCCCUAUUUUUCGACGGCAUACGGUAUCCCAUAGCGAACGAACGACGAUGGAUGACCCACAAUGAACGAACGACGGCCCUUUCUUUAGUGAUCCACGAGAAUACCAACCCACACCCACCUAAAUUACCCACGCGAACGACUGUUAGUGACGCACGACGAACGAUGAUCCAUGUUCCACGUCGAACAAAUGACAACUCAAGCGCAUAUGAAAUGCCUACAUGAAUGGCUCCAUUCGAAGGUGACCCACAUAGUUUCUCUACCCACGGUGACCCAUUCCGUCUCACGGCUCCAGGAGGGCUUAAUCGAAAUUCUGAGGAGGAGGAAGGAGGCGAAAUUGUGUUUGGAAGGUUUGACCCAAAGCAUUAUAGGGGCAAGUAUACUUAUGUUCCUGUCACAUAGAAAGUUUGACAUGGGUGAUGUUCGCAUAGUUGGUGAACCAACUGGAUAUUACAAAGUGGAUGUUGAGCAAUUGCAGAUUCUGGAACUUCACUUUUGACUGGUCCAACUGAUCUUGGGAGAUGUCUUCAUGGGCCACUACCAUACUGUCUUUGAUUUUGGCAAGCUGAGAGUUAGAAUUUGCAGAGGCAGCUUGAAGAAACCACUUGGUUGGUGUCUUUGUUCAAAGAUGAAGUUCAAUUCCAUGACGUUAUAUAAUCCUCAACACUUGAUGAAUUUUGUAUUUUGUGAACAUUGCAUAGUUGCUAAUUAGAGUUGAUGUAUCUUUUAUUAAUUGAUAAUCUUUUGUUAUUUGAUUUUUUAUUAGCUAACAAUGUAUGAGACAUUAACUACCUUUUAAAUCAAUUUCAUUCACAUAAUUGGCAGUA